AUGGCCGACGCGCUUUGCGGGCCUUCCAACGCCCUUCAAAACUUCCAGAAACACACAACUGUCGACCGGACUUUACAACAGGACCGCUUGGUUGGGAGACAUUCACCAGCGCAGGGCUUCCGAUCAGCACCAAGCGCAAAUGCUGGCGCACUUGAUUCCGAGUUUGACGCCUUUCAAGCUGGACGACCAGUUCCGCCGCCACAGGAGUUGCAACACUUUGGCCCCCGAUUCGCACAACCUCCUCCACACUUUGCGCAGCAACCUCAAGUACCCGACUGGGCUGCAGACUUCCAGCACUUGAACAUUUCCAGUCAAUCUCCGCAAACAUUCCAACCACACCGACCGCAGGCGGCGAACGCGGCGUCAGCAUGGCAUCAGGACUUUUUGAAGCAGCAGGCGCCAGUUGCGCAGGCCCCUGUCAUGCAACAGAACAUAUAUGGGGGCAUGUCUGGGUACAGUAUUGGUGGAGGAUUCCGAGGACAAGCAUUCAUGCAAACGCCAUCUUUCCAGAGUGCCCAACAUUCCGAGACGGCCCAAGGAAAGCAGCGCGCGCAAGACGAAGUACCCACCUUCGAUGAGGCGGCUUUUGAACAAGCAUUCGCCCAAGCCCAACAGGACAUGAUGGAGGUAGCCUCGGCGGAGCAAAGCCAAGCACAGGCAGCGUCAGAAACGCUGAAUCUGGAUCGGACGGGUGAGAUGGAUCCUCUUCUUCGACGGAUACAAGAAACGCGGCCAGCCGUCUACUCCGCCAUUCAAGUCUGGAGCGAAACAGGCCUCGGCCGCACCUCAGAAGCAGUCGCAUACCUCGACAACAUGACCGUCCAGGAAAGAAGCGGCAGCCUAGUUCAAGACGCAAACGAAGCCAUCUGGAUCGUCGACUCCCUCCAGCGCAUCGUCAACCGCGACGCCCCCGAACAAGUCAAGACCCGAGCUGAGGAACUCAUCAAAGCAAUCAACCAGCGCCUCAUGUCACAAUACCCCCUCGGCACCCGCGUCCCUAUGAGCCAAGAGCAAAUAUGGCAAGAUAUCGAAGAAGCAGGCUACACACGCACCCCAGUCCACGAACACAUACUCCAACGCCCUGAGCCAGAACAAGAAGAAGACUCACAACCCCCUCCCAACACCGACGAUGAAAUGGCCGAAACAGCAGCCCGUCUCCUCGAGCGUGUCGCCGAUAACACGAGCGAGAAGUUCCAAAACUCGCAGUUCCUCGGUCUUAUGCGUAGAUUGCGGGAUCGCGAAGUACGUGUGCAGGAGGAUAAGAUUGUAGAGGUCGACCAAACACAACAACCACAGCGAGCGUCCGGGGCGGAGCAGCAACAACAAUCAAAUCGACCUUCGACAACGACGACGAUGACGACGCAGAUACCAGACAUUGACCCCACGAUUCUAAACUACGCAGCUACAGAUUUCGAAACGCCAGUUUAUUCGGGUGAUGGCGGUGUGGUGGGACUGGGCUUGUCACAGUAG